AUGUCUUCUCCCAAUAACAACAAGUCACCGUCAGCUGGCAACCUCGACGGCGCUGGAGACGAGAGACCCCGGCUCACUGAAGAGGAAAAGAAGCAGAAUCACAUCGCAUCUGAGCUCGUGCCCGGCUUGGAAGGACAGGGGAGAUCAGAGGGCCUUGUGCUCAAGCGCACAGUGGACUACAUGCAUGAGCAGAUUGCAGAGCGGCAAAGGCUGAUUGCCCGUAUAGAAGCCGCCGGUGGCCAGGUUGAUGAGCAACAUACACGGGAUUUGUAUCAGCAGCUUCAGCGACUAUCGACUUUGCAGAACCAGCAAAACCAGCAAGCCCAAUAG